UGGCUGCCAUGGCAACUGCUGAAUCAUCCUACCCAGUCAGCGGCAGUCCGCUAAUUCCAUUUUGGCAAGUAAGGCCUUGCGCCAUCCGAGAAUAUUGAUCUUGAUCCAUUAGCUUUAUUAGAUUCCGAACAACUGGGGGUUGGGCUGCUUCAGCUUGGGAAGUUAGGAAGCACAAACAGCGUGCCUCCGAAUGGGAAACCUACCCACGACGGUGAAGCAUUGCCUGAGCUACGAACAACUCAUCCAGGACUAUCCAUGGCUGAGACGCUUUCUGCUGGAGGAGGCAAAGACUGCCUCAGAGUAUCCGGAGAGUGUGAAAAUAGUUGAAGUUGGGCCAAGGGAUGGACUCCAAAAUGAAAAGGAAAUUGUUCCGACAGGCGUGAAAAUCAAGCUGAUAGACAUGCUCUCGGAAUCGGGCCUGCGUGUGAUUGAGGCCACCAGCUUUGUCUCUUCAAAAUGGGUACCACAGAUGGCUGACCACACUGAGGUUCUAGCAGGAAUCCAGAGAGCUCCUCAUGUUCAGUACCCGGUAUUGACACCUAACAUGCAAGGUUUUCAGGACGCUGUUGCGGCCGGGGCUGCUGAAGUGGCGGUGUUUGGCUCAGCAUCUGAGGCCUUCAGCAUGAAAAACAUAAAUUGCUCUAUUGAUGAAAGCAUGCAGAGGUUUGAAAAGGUCGUCGAGGGAGCCAAAGAGCAAACGAUUCCAGUCCGCGGGUAUGUUUCUUGUGCCCUUGGAUGCCCAUACAAAGGAGACAUUGAUCCAGCCAAAGUUGCUGAGGUAGCCAAGAGAUUGUAUGAGAUGGGAUGCUAUGAGGUUUCCCUGGGGGACACCAUCGGCGUGGGCACUCCAGGUUCCAUGCGUAAAAUGCUGCAGUGUGUGAUGAAGGAGGUUCCCGCCAGUGCUCUUGCAGUUCACUGUCAUGACACGUACGGCCAAGCUUUGCCAAACAUCCUCACGGCACUUCAGAUGGGAGUGAGCGUGGUGGACUCAGCAGUGGCCGGUCUGGGUGGUUGCCCGUACGCUCAGGGUUCAUCUGGCAAUGUGUCAACAGAGGAUGUUCUCUACAUGCUCCACGGCAUGGGCAUCCACACCGGGGUAAAUCUGGCCAAAAUCCUGGAAGCAGGUGACUUCAUCUGCACCGUGCUACAACGCAAGACAAACUCCAAAGUUGCUCUGGCAAGAAGCAGGAAGCUGUGAACAUGUUUCUUUCAAAUAAAUUUGACUUGAUUUGGUG